CACACGUAACUUAACAUUUAGGUGUGUAAACCUUUAUAGAAGAGCACCUUGUCACUUUUGUUUAUAUCAUUUUGUUUUAAUAUAAAUUUGGAGAGACACUCCAAAUUAAACUUCAACCGUUAAAAAAUAAAAGGACCAAUGUCAAUGACAAGAAUCCUGUGCUCCACUUCAUAUUUUAAAAACAGUUCACAUUUAAAACUUCUCUACUCUCCACUAUCAUCAAUUCUAUAUAAAGAGCUUUCCCACCAACUAUCAAAUUCCAAGCCAAAAACCUUUUGUCAAAAGAUCAAAUUCAGUGACAACAACAAGAGAGAGCUUCGUUCAAAGUUUCAAUUUCCUUCUACAAUGCAGCAUGUUAGAAGAUCGUCGUCGACGUCGUCAUUGGGGUCGAUGCAGACUUCAUCAAUGAGAACUUCUCAAGUUCUUGCAUUCCAUUCCCCAUCAAAAUGGAAAACCCAUUUUGAAGCCUCCAAAGCAACUUCCAAACUGAUGGUUAUUUACUUCACUGCCUCAUGGUGUGUGCCUUGUCGCUUCAUGGAACCAGCCAUUGAUGAGUUUGCUGCUAAAUACACAGAAGUUGAGUUCAUCAAGAUAGAUGUGGAUGAGUUAAUGGAUGUGUCUCAAGAAUAUGGGGUGCAGGCAAUGCCGACAUUCAUAUUAAUAAAGAAAGGGAGAGUAGUUGACAAGGUUACAGGAGUCAGAAAGGAAGAGCUUCAGAAUAAGAUUGAGAAAAACAGGGCUUACCAUUAUUGUUCUUAAAAAAUUGUAACAAUCAUCUUCACCUUCAUCUACAUUCUACAAGAAUCAUGAUGAUACUCGCUAGCUACACGUGGCAUGAUUGGAGCAGAAUAAGAAAUGAUCAUAAUACAUAUAUGAUCAUCGUCAAUUUAGACUAAACUGGAUGUAUCAAAUCUAGAAAUAAAGAUUGUAUUGCUUUGUUUUGUUAAGAUUGAUUCAUGUAGCCUCCCCUCUCUAGAUGAGAAUUUUCGAAUAAAAAUUAGUUUGGUUUUGGUUGUUUUUAAACCUA